CCCAAGAUUCAAUUUUUUUAGUAGAUUUAUACAUAAUUUUUUUUUUACUUUGCUAUAUCAUUUUAAGUAUAUUUCACAAAAAAAAAAUAGACGUUUAUUUCUGUUAUAAAUUUAAUUAUGAAUCUAUUGAUUAUCUUUUAGAUUUUAACUAAAAAAUCAUUAAUUUAUAUUUUAUAUAAAAUUUACAUUUUCUAUAUGCGCUUUUCAUGAAUUUUUAGUAAUAAAAAUGACAGCGUCAUCUUAUCAGUUAGAUUCAAAUACAGUUAGAGUCAUUUUAGCAGAAAUAUUAGAAUCUUUGACAAACAGCAAUAAUACAGAUAAUUUGACUGAUGCUAAAACUAAGGCUGGUAAUGAUAUGCUCAAAGUUAUACAAUAUGUGUAUCCUAUUGUUGUUUCUAUUCAAGUCGACAUAUUGAAAAAAUAUGGACUUCCAGAAGGCCGAGAAGGCAUUGUUACAUUCACUAGGAGUGUUGUUGCAUUUGAAAAAGAAGAUAGAGUUGUAGCUGAUUUACAUCGUCAGAUACGGUCGUACUACUUACCACCAGUCAAUGUAUCAACAAGUGCUGUAACUUCAAAUGUUUGACUUUUUCAAGGAAUUAAAUAAUAAUAUUUUAAUUCACUCAUGUUUAAAUGAGAUAUUUCAAAAUAAUUAAAUAAAAAUGUAUUAUUAAGGA